GACCUCAUCCUCGGUUCAUGUUAGUUCUAAAGUGCACCUUCUGUUUGUCAUGGUUUACUAAUACCUAGCCCAGUAAAAGCUUAACUAUCAUACUGUAGCCACGCUGCGUAGCCUAUACUCACAAGCGACAGUAACCAGUGAAUGUCCCGCUGUUCCGCUGUCAACUAAGCUGUUGUAGUGGGAGCCACAGCGGUAGCGAUUGUCCCCUUGCUCUCGUCUCCAAGUCAACAUUGACCAAUCAGUAGCGCGCUUCCAUGAAGAGGGCCGCCUCUGUUUCUUCUCACAUGGAGACUAGCUGAACACUGAUAAAAGCCGUGGAGACACAGGCACCAUGGAUCUCCUGAGGUCUACUCCAGCGGUUCCUCUCCUCCACUGACCCCAUCAUCGCUCCUCUCCUCCACCACUCACUCGCCAGCCUUUCUGACGUCUCCUCCCCCUCUGCCCUGGUGGUGACCCCGCUCCUUGUGACCUCUGACCUCCAGGGCGACCCUGUGACGUGAUGGCGGGGGAGAAAGAUCUGAACAAGCGCAGCGUUAUGGACAUCAAGCGUCUGGCCGGGCUGAUCCAGAGGGGGGCGGGGCGACUGCUGGUGAUUGACAGCCGGACGUUCUCCGAGUACAACGCGUGGCAUGUGCAGGGCGCGGUGAACGUAUGCUGCUCCAAGCUGGUGAAGAGACGCCUGCAGCAGGACAAAGUGUCCGUGACGGAGCUGCUGCAGCCUAGCGCCAGGCUCAAGGUGGAGCUGGGCAGGAAGCAGGAAGUGGUGGUCUAUGACCAGAGUUCCAAAGAGGCGGGGCAUCUCUCCAAAGACGGCUUUGUGCAGAUCCUUCUGGGAAAACUGGAGGGCACUUUCCACAGAGUGUCCCUGCUUACUGGGGGCUUUGCUGCGUUCUCCUCCUGCUUCCCUGGGCUGUGCGAGGGGAAGCCGGCGGGCCCGCCGCCCGUCAGCCUGUCCCAGCCCUGCAUGCCCAUCCCUAACGUGGGGCCCACUUGCAUCCUGCCACACCUGUACCUGGGCUCUCAGAAAGAUGUUCUCAACAAGGACUUGAUGGCUCAGAAUGGCAUCACGUACGUGCUGAAUGCCAGCAACACCUGCCCCAAGCCCGACUUUAUCACCGAGAGCCACUUCAUGAGGAUCCCGGUCAACGACAACUACUGUGAGAAGCUGCUGCCCUGGCUGGACAAAACCAACCAGUUCAUUGACAAGGCCAGGGUGUCGAACUGCAGAGUCAUUGUGCACUGCCUGGCCGGGAUCUCACGCUCGGCAACCAUCGCCAUCGCAUACAUCAUGAAGACAAUGGGCUUGUCAUCAGAUGAUGCCUACAGAUUUGUGAAGGACCGGCGACCCUCGAUAUCCCCCAACUUCAACUUCCUGGGUCAGCUGUUGGAGUUUGAGAAGGGUCUGCGGCUGCUACAGGCCCUCACCACCAGCUCCGACGACAAGAUCUCCGAGGUGAAAGGUCAGCAGCAGAGCUCAGAGGUCAACAGGGUCAACUGUGGGCCAGAGACCAACGGGCACUACGAGUCAUCGGCGGAGCCCCAGACGACUCCGGAGCCUAAGACCCCCUCUCCCACCUCGCUCCAGCAGGGCUUCAACGGGCUGCAUCUCUCAGCAGAGCGCAUCCUGGACACCAACCGCCUGAAGCGCUCCUUCUCGCUGGACAUCAAGUCGGUGUACUCGCCCAGUAGCCCCCACAUGGUGCCCACACACUCAGAGGACGUGCCCAAGCUGUGCAAGCUGGACAGCCCCGGGGCUGCCACCUCCAACGGCGUCUGCCCCCAGUUCUCCCCUCUCCCCGACAGUCCCGGCUCAGCCGAGUCCCCCCUCCCCUCCCCGGGCUGCGGGGGCAGCAUCGGGGGUCUGGGGGUGGGGGGAGGCGAGGGAGCCUCCUCCCGGGGGUCCUCCUCCAGGCCCAGGCGGAAAGCCAAGCACGGCGCCGGGGCGGGUUCCAGCGCGGGCAGCUCCCCGGUCCACACCCACCCCCAGUCCCUGAGCCUGACCCUGGGACGCUCCCUGCCCGUCCACAAGAGCCCCAGCCUGGACGACAGUGCCAAGGGCUCCCUGCUGCUCUCUCUGCCCUCCCUGGGCUCCGGGGCCAUGUGGACCAAACACAGGGACACCGUCCAGGCCACCACCCCCGUCACGCCCACCGCCGACGCCCCCUGGCACUUCGGUGCGGUCGAGGGAGGGGAGGGUGGGAUGGAGGUGGGGGGAGGCGGGGGGGAGGGAGGGGAGGUAGGGGGAGGAGACUCCUCCGUGCGUUUCGGGAGCAGCUCUGCGUACUUGGCGUUCGGGUGCAGCGAAGGCGUGCGACUACGGGACAAAGGGCCGCGAGCCCACCGAGAUGCCACCACCACGGCCACCGCCCCCUGCGCCCCCUGCGGCCCGUCGUCGGAGAAGCAGUUCAAGCGGCGGAGCUGCCAGAUGGAGUUCGAGGAGGGCGUCUCAGAGACGGGCUCCCGGGAGGAGCUAGGGAAGAUCGGGAAGCAGUCCAGCUUCUCCGGAAGCCUGGAGAUCAUCGAGGUGUCCUGACAGACCCUCCACCGGACCAUCGCCCGCCCACACAGGGGCCAGCGGACGUGAGGGGUCCACUGUAGGAGGGGAGGAGGAGGAGGAGGAGGAGGAGGAGGAGGAGGACAGAGGGGUGUGCACGCUCCCCAUCUCUAGAUAGUGUUAUAGACUCUGAGAGAGAAAGCAGACUUGUGUUAGCGAGUUAAGCGCUCAUCGACUAGCGCUGGGACCGAGUCACCAAGAACCAAAUCCCCUGGGAGGAGGAGGGAGCCAUGGAGGGCUGGGUCUGGACAUGAACCCUUUCUCUCUGUGGCAGAGGAAACCAUUCAUGUCUCAGAUUGCUGUUAGCCACACUACAGACGGGCAGAAGUAGUGUACUGUACUGGUGACAUGUCUGGCUUGAGACUCCGCCCUGAUUCCUCCCAAAGCUUCACCUCAGUGUUAGUGGACUGUGAACCCCCAGCAUGGCUGUGUUGGCCCCUGCCCUUCGACCCCGCCUGCUUCAGACUGGGCGUGGAGCCAGAGCUGCUCUGCAGAACCACCCCAGCACCCACAAGCAGCACAAAGCAGAGACACCCCGACAGACUCUCUGGCUCCCCCACAGGAUGACUGGUGGUACUGCGUCCCAACUAUGAAGGCUCCAUCUGUGUUUCAACCCCACUCCUGGUUUCUGUGCUUCAAGGGGACGUUAAGUGACUGUUAAUGAUGAACACUCCUAGCGACGGGCAGUAAGCACACACGGGGUGUUUUCCCACAAUGCACCUCUGCUCCUUUGUGUCUAGUGUUAACAGUGUGAUGUGCCGAAGGUUUGGGGCGCGGUGAGGCCUUGUCCCUGCCCUCACUGUGGGCUUCUGUACCCGCAUGUCUCUCUCCACAUGUAGGCCCUUCUACUAGACACCACUGAGCAUGCUCCAGAAAGGCUGGCUUCAGACAGACAAAUACUAUAUAUACUAUAUGAAUAUAUAUAGCGAUUUUAAUGGACUUUUAAUGGACAUUUUCUUCUCAGUUAUAGUUUUAAUUUAUUUUAUCUGUUCAUUCUGGUAAUGAGAAAUAAUAUAAUGUUUUGUGGACUUUCUUUCUUUUCUUGUUUUGAUCUGGGUUUUUCCGUAUGGUGUUUCUGACUGCAAACACACGCACACACACACACACACACACACACACACACACACACACACACACACACGUACAUAAACAAACA